AUGUCGAGGGAAGCUUCAGAUGUCGUUGCUGCUGUUGUGGUUGUUGUUGACGCUGAAGCUUCAGAUGUCGUUGCUACUGUUGUGGUUGUUGUUGACGCUGAGGCUUCAGAUGUCGUUACUGCUGUUGUGGCUGUUCAUGCUGAGACUUCAUAUGUUGUUGCUGCUGUUGUGGUUGUUGUUGAUGCUGUUGUUGUUGAUGUAGAGGCUUCAGAUGUCGUGGCUGUUGUUGACGCUGUGGCUUCAGAUGUCGUUGCUGCUGUUGUUGAUGCUGAGACUUCAGGUGUUGUUGCUGCUGUCGUGGUUAUUGUUGCUGCUGUUGUGGUUGUUGUUGAUGUUGAGGCUUCAGAUGUUGUUGCUGCUGUUGUGUUUGAUCGCACGAGUCUUAAAAUGGGCAGCCUUUUUUUUCCGUCGACUUUCUUGAGUGUCACAAACAUGGCAAUCCACAGCACCCGUUCAAAACGUCUCAAAUUACUAUUCAAGAUGGGCGCCGUUUCAAGAGCGAGAGAUGUGUAUUCGAAAAGUCUAAUCUCUUUGCAGCACAUAUUUGACUCGAGUGUUUUGGUUAUUAUUAUUGCCGAAAAAACACCUAAUUUGGGCGCCGUUUCAGGAGCCAGGGAUGAGCAUUCGAGACGUGUAAUCUCGUUUGCAGCACUGAUUUGA